AGGCUGGAAUCAGGAAGUGGACUUGUAAUGUACUAUUUUGAUUGCGCUCCUCGCUGUUCAACUAUCUAAUUACAAGCUCAAAAUGGGCCUUUUUGGGAAAACACAAGAGAAACCACCGAAGGACCUUAUCAACGAGUGGUCUCUCAAAAUCAGGAAAGAAAUGAGAGUUAUUGACAGACAGAUUCGAGAUAUCCAAAGAGAGGAGGAGAAGGUGAAGAGGUCGAUCAAAGAUGCUGCAAAGAAGGGACAGAAAGAUGUCUGCAUCAUCCUCGCCAAAGAGAUGAUUCACUCAAAGAAAGCCAUCAACAAGCUGUAUGCCUCCAAAGCUCAGAUGAACUCUGUGCUGCUCAGUAUGAAAAAUCAGCUGUCUGUAUUAAGAGUGGCUGGCGCUUUGCAGAAGAGCACAGAGGUCAUGAAGGCCAUGCACAGCCUGGUUAAAAUCCCAGAGAUUCAAGCCACCAUGAGAGAACUCUCAAAAGAGAUGAUGAAGGCUGGAAUCAUAGAGGAGAUGCUGGAGGAUACACUGGAAGGGAUGGAUGAUGAGGAGGAAAUGGAGGAAGCAGCGGAGGCUGAGGUGGACAAGAUCCUCUUUGAGAUUACAGCCGGUGCACUUGGGAAAGCUCCCAGCAAAGUCACAGAUGCCCUGCCUGAUCCAGUGCCAAUUGGAGCCACGGCAGCCUCAGAAGGGGAAGAAGAAGAAGAAAAUAUCGAGGAGAUGCAGUCCAGGCUAGCAGCGCUGAGGAGCUAAAACACCUGUGUUUUUAACCCUUCAGCUCUAUAGGCAUAGACAACAUAUAUUUCUUCCUCUGUAGCUUUUCUCACCCAUGAAGACACUUUGGCACAUUAAAUUCAGCACUAAAUUCGGACUUCACAUAAAAUGAACAAAACUAUAUGGAUAGUGGAUAUUAAAAAUAAGAUGAACUCUAUAUGACAUACAAUAAAGAACAGUGAAGUCAGAUAUUUAGUUGUUAUGUGGUAGCAGGUGGAUGAUGACUUUUUACUUAAGCCCCUUUUAUUUCUAGAUAUUCUGACUCCACUCAUUUGAAUCUGUGCCUAUAGUUAAGCAGCUUGUCCAUGAAUCUAUUGCAGUGCAGUUGUGUCACAUCAGUGUUGAUCGUUAUCGUUUUGUCUGUGUUGUCGAAUUUGCAGUUUUAUCUCAAGCCUUAUUUAAAAGCUAAGUGAAUAGUUCUGUCCUAUAUCUGGUACAUUGGUUUUUACUGAGUAGGUAGACAAAUUCAUGGAAGCCAUUUCUUGUAAAUCUUGUACAAAUAC